AGUAUAAGACUUAAAGACGAUUAAAAUUUUUUUAAAGUGUUUUUGUUUGUCUCUUGUAUACAAUACACUAUAACAGAAACUGUGAACAUGUCCCACGGUGGCAGAAAUGAAUGUAGAAUUUACGUGGGUAAUUUACCGCCUGAUAUAAGAACGAAAGACAUUCAAGACCUUUUCUAUAAAUUCGGUAAAGUUAUCUUUGUUGAUUUAAAAAAUCGUAGAGGACCACCGUUCGCUUUUGUCGAAUUUGACGAUCCAAGGGAUGCAGAAGAUGCAGUGCAUGCAAGGGAUGGAUAUGAUUAUGAUGGUUAUAGACUACGUGUUGAAUUUCCAAGAGGUGGUGGACCUAGUAAUAAUUUCCGUGGUGGUCGAGGAGCAGGUGAUAGUGGAAGAGGUGGUCGAGGUGAAAUGAGUAAUUCUCGAGGACGUGGACCACCUGCAAGAAGGUCUCAAUAUAGAGUUCUUGUUACUGGUUUACCUCCUUCUGGUAGUUGGCAAGAUUUAAAGGAUCACAUGCGUGAAGCUGGUGAUGUAUGCUUUGCUGAUGUUUAUAAAGAUGGCACUGGAGUUGUUGAAUUCUUACGAUAUGAAGAUAUGAAGUAUGCUGUGAAGAAGUUAGAUGAUUCAAGAUUUAGGUCUCAUGAGGGUGAAGUAGCUUAUAUUCGAGUGAAAGAAGAUCAUAGCAGUGGCGAUAGGGGGCGCAGUGAAGAUAGGGAGAGAGGUCGAAGUCAUUCACGAAGCUAUAGUCCACGACGUCGUGGUUCACCUACUUAUUCACCAUUGCGACGUAAUUACUCGCGAUCAAGAUCUCGCUCCAGAUCUCGUUCAUACGACUAGUGUGUACGUAUAUGUUUCACAUGGUAAUAUAAGUAAAGGCUUAUCAAUAUUUGCUUUACCAUGUUUCAUUAUUACUGAUUUGAAUUUCAC